CGAACACGAACGUGCCUCUUCAGUAGCCAGUCUCUCUCCCCCAGACCCCCAGACCCCUCCCGAUCCCCUCCUGGAUCUCGCCGUGCGCCCGAAGGCAAGCGGGGUCGCGAUGCCUGCGGCGGCCGUCCCCAGCGGAGGCGGCGCGGACGAUGCCGAGGAUCUGUUCCGCACCAAGCGCAUCCUGGAGAUCCGCGCGGCGGAGAGCGCCACGCGCCGCGAGAUCUCCGCCAAGGAGGAGGAGCUCCGGCAGCUCGUCGGCCGCAGCUACCGCGACCUCCUCGACUCCGCGGAUUCCAUCCUCCUUAUCAAGCAGUCCUCCGACUCCAUCUCCGACAACCUCUCCUGCAUCUCCGGCUCCCUCUCGUCGCUCUCGCCGCCGCCCGAGGCCCCCGCCGCCAGUGCCGCUUCGCCUUCCCCGUCGGGCGGGCGCGCGCGGCUCUACUCGCUUGCCGCGCGCGCCAAGUACCUGGUUGACACGCCCGAGCACAUCUGGGGGCGGCUCGACGAGGGCCUGCUCCUGGAGGCCGCGGGGCGGUACCUGCGGGCGCAGGUCGUGCACGGACGGCUGUCCCGCGACGCUGCGGCCGCCGCGCGGUUUCCACUCCUCGCGCACCAGGCGCGGCUCGUAGAGGCGUUCCGGCCGCAGAUCGCGCAGCGCGCGCGCGAGCGCCUCGCCGACCGCCGCCUCCCCGUAGCGGCCCACGCUGACGCGCUUGCAGCCGCGGCCGCGAUCGACGCCCCGUCGCUCGCCCCGCCCCAGGUGCUCCUCCUCUUCCUCACCUCGCGCCGUGCUUGGAUCUCUCAAGAGCUAGCCGGGCUUGCCUCGGAUCUGUCAUCCCACACCUCCGUGCUGUGCGAUGUCGCGAGGAUCGUGCGUAUCACGCUCGGUCACGUUGGGCAGUUGUUUGUGCCUGCCCUCAGUGAUCUGCCGCUGUUCUUUAAGACGGUGCUUGAGAAGACGCCGCCUGAGCAGCUGUACGGCGGCAUUCCGGACCCUGAUGAGGAAGCUAGGUUGUGGAAGGAGCACAUGAACCAGCUUGAGGCUACCAUGGUGCUGCUUGAGCCGGAUGCUGUGGCGUGUGCCUGUACAGAUUGGCUCAAGGAAUGUUGUGCUGAGGUUUUUGGUGUGAUCGCUAGGGGGCAGAGGUUGGUUGAUGCCAUUGGGAGUGGGGAGUUGCUUGGAUCAGUGCAAAGGCUUGUACGUGAUGCACUAGAUGGGAGGGAAGGAUUGGAGGGGAGUUUGGAGCAGUGGCUGAAGAACGUCUUUGGAUCGGAGAUUGAAUCACCAUGGGAUCAGAUCCGUGGAUUGAUCUUGAAGGAAGGCAAGGAUAUUUUUGAGGAUUGGAUGGAGGAGGCAUUUGUGCGGCGGAUGAAGGACAUUGUGCAUUCAGAACUUGAUAGUUUGGGUGCUAGUGUUAAUGUGAAGGAAUCAGUUGAGGCUAUUUCUAUUUGUGCCAAUGCUGAUCCAAAAGAUACCGGUGAUUUCCUUGCAUACACGCGGAAAGCUUCAACCGGGGGUGGUUUCUGGUUCUCAGAGUCUAAUAUAAAAAAAGGUGGAAUUUUGGCUCACUUGAAACCAAUUGCUGAUGAGAAUGACUUCCAUAGCUGCCUUACCUCGUAUUUCGGGCCAGAAGUUAGUCGGAUCAGGAAUGCAAUUGACAGCAAAUGCAAGAAUAUUCUGGAGGAUCUGUUAAGCUUUGUGGAGUCACAUAAUUCAGCUCCGAGACUAAAAGAAUUAGUGCCAUAUCUCCAGGAGAAAUGCUAUAGUACCAUUUCGGCUUUGCUGAAAGAAUUAGAAGCUAACCUCAGGAAGCUCUCUACUUCAUUGAGUACCAAAAAGGAGGAUAAUGAAAAACCUGCAGCAUCUGUUAUAGUGGAGAGGUCUCUCUUCAUUGGUCGUCUCUUGUUUGCGUUGAGAUACCAUUCAAGUCAUGUACCCUUGAUACUAGGCUCCCCAAGGCAGUGGGUAAUGGAGGCUGGUGGUGCAUCAUUUGCAAGGUUAUCAUCACCCACACCAAGACAUUCAAGGGUAUCUUUUGAUUCUUCGAUGCCUUUUACACCCAGGAGGCACACAUUUGACAGUCCCAGGAGUCCUGGAAGGCAAUUCUCUGAUAGCCCCAGAAGACAAACUAUUGCUGCUGCAGCUUCUUUGUUUGGCACUGAUGAUAGCUCUAAUCCCAGACUUGAUGAGCUCAAUAAGACCCUGCAGUCACUUUGCAUCACGGCUCAUAGCGUAUGGAUAGCAUGGGUGUCCACUGAAUUAUCUUACAUUCUUUCAUAUGAUCUCAAUAAAGAUGAUUCACUAUCCUCGUCCACUCCUUUACGGGGUUGGGAAGUCACAGUCAUCAAACAAGAGGAAACGACUGAGGGUCCCUUGGAGAUGCAAAUAUCUCUUCCAUCAAUGCCUUCAUUGUACAUCAUAUCCUUUCUUUAUAAAGCAUGUUUGGAGAUUCAUAAAGUUGGAGGGCACGUCCUGGACAGAAUUAUUUUGCAUAAUUUUGCAUGGGAGCUACUGCAGAAGGUCAUCAAUAUUUAUGAAAAAUUUCUGGUAUCUGUUGAGUCUGGGAAUUCUCGGGUUUCGGAAAUAGGAGUUCUGCAAAUACUGCUAGACUUGCGUUUCAUUGGCGACGUCCUAUCAGGAGGCAAAAAUCCUUCCACCAACACUUCUGAACUGCAGACAAAACAGGAUUCUUCCCCAAGCACCAUCACCAAGACUUACUUCAGGAGAAAACAAUAUCAAUUUCAGGCAGAUUCAGCUGUCAUGGAGCCUAUAAACAAGUUAAUCAAUAAGCUCUCGCAGAGAUUGGAUCCGAUAGACUGGGCCACGUAUGAACCUUACUUGUGGGAGAAUGAGAAGCAAUCUUACAAGCGUUAUGUUGUUCUUCUCGGUUUUUUGGUCCAACUGAAUCACAGGUAUACUGGUACUGUACAAAAGUUACCAACAAAGUCAAAUACAGAUUCAAACAUUAUGAGGUGCUCUCAAGUUCCAAGAUUCAAGUACCUACCGAUCAGUGCCCCAGCUAUAUCAUCAAGAGCACACAAAUCAUCACUUCAGUCGCCAGCUGGCGAUUCAACAUCUAAAAGUCCUUGGAAAUCAUAUUCAAAUGGAGAAAGAUCUACUGCACCAGAACUUGAUGAUAAUGCAAGUCUUGUAGGUGCAGCUCCAUUGCUUAAGUCAUUUGUUACCCAGGUCGGGAGCAAAUUUGGGGAGAACACAUCGAGAUGGGGGUCCAUGCUCUCGGAUGGCCAGGUUGGUAAGCUCAGUGACAUUCUUCCUGGACCAGCAGCUGGGUUUUUCUCUUCUUUCACAUCGGGAGUUCGAUAUGAUUCAUAGUUGCAGUACCAUGAGCCUUGAUCUUCAUUCAAUACUCAAUGCUUUCUAUAUGUUCAAUGGAAAUUCACAUGUGUCACUGAAGAGAAUGACACAACUGCUGGCGGGUGUAAUCUGCCAUGGAAAAUCUGUUAACGACAGAAUGAUGCCAAUCGCCAUAUAGUUGGCAGUGUUGCUCAGCACAUCAUACCAUGCAUCUUCACAUUUUUAGACUGGACAGCAUUUGAGGAGAAGCUACAGAAUAUGAUGGCACAAGAUCUAUUCGGUCUCCUAACCGAACUGAGAUGGAGUGUUCAAGGAAAUCAAAUGAGCUCACAGUAUGUUUCCUACUUGCAAUUUGACACAGUACAUAGGACAAAGCAAGUACAACUUCCUGAUGAUGAUAGCUCACUUUUUUGGGGUACUCGACACAUGAAGUCACAAAAAGAAUUUUGGUGUCAAUUCUUUCUUUCUUUUCCCUUUUUCUUUUUGGCUCGGUGAGUUGGAGGAUUUUUUACAUUAACCUAGAAAUUUGCAGUGCUGAAACUGCAACGGUUGCGGUUUUCCUUGUAUGUAGGCAAAUUUGCAGAUGUGUACACUGGAAAUAUAGUAAUAAAGUCUUCUAUUACCCCCC